AUGGAGCUUGCUGAUUUGGAGAGACUUGGUCUCUGUGUGGUGCAGCUGCGACCGAUUCGGCUCACUCUCGGGACUUCGCAGGCGGAGAACCGGAGGCCCACGAGGGCUGAGAAUCGGACCGAGAGCGGUUCGGGUCGAGAGCGGAAGAUGUCCAAGACUCUGUCGCUGCUUUUGCGCCACUCAGCCUUAGACUUUGAUAUUGAGGUCCGACCUGAUGGAUAUUGCUUAUUGCAGGAGGUCUUGGCGUGCCCUUUGCUAUCAAGCUUGAACACAACUCAGGCUGACGUUGAAAGAAUCGUAGCAGGAAAUGAUAAGAAACGCUUCGAGCUCAAGGAGGAUAAGGAAGAUGGUCACAUGAUUAGAGCAGUGCAAGGACAUUCAAUGAAGGUCGUAGAUGACGACCAACUCCUCCAGAAUGUGGAUUUGAAGAACUUGCCUGACUGCUGCGUCCAUGGGACUUAUCGGAAGUACUUUGAGAGCAUCAAGGCCAAAGGGCUAUUGGCUGGUGGCCGCAAAGGCCAAAGCUUCCGCAACCACGUGCACUUCUCGUCCUUCAACCCAGGGGACAAACGAGUGAUCUCUGGCAUGCGCUAUGACUGUGAGAUUGCCAUUUGGAUCGACUUGAAGAGAGCCAUCGAAGACGGAGUGCCCUUUUUCCUAAGCACCAACAGAGUGAUUCUAAGCCCUGGCAUCAGUGGAGUCAUAGAGAAGAAGUAUUUUACUCACGCACGGGAUUUGCAGAAGAAUGAGGACUUGCCUUUGGACAGCUAG